UCUGUUUGGCACGUGUGCAACGUUAAUGCUUCCGUCGCGUUUGCUCAGUUGUGAAUCCCUUUCGUUAGCUACGUCAUGGUGGUCGAGUGCACGGGGAACUCCCUGUCUUCGACGUCGACGUCCCGUCCGUUAUGACCCUCUAGGCCAACGGCGGUAAAUGGAUCUGCACAGGGCCGAUCGACACAACCUGACCGAUUUUUAUAUAACGCGAGGCAGCGGCACCGCCAAGGACCUGAAACUGCUUGGCUUUCGCAAGGGCAUCGCUGUCUUCGGCUGGACGGACAUGAGCGUCAAAGUGGUCAACCUGGAGAUGGACCAGUCGACUGGCGAGAAGUACAUAAGCAUAAACGGCAAAAAGAUCAAGGUGGUGACCAAAAGUAAGUUGACCGAUGCGAUGCGUAAGAACGCCAAAGUGUUGACCAAAGUGAAUCCGAACCAGAACGUGACGUUGCCCACCGGUUCGUCGAACAUUGUGUUCGUGAAUCCCGAUAAGGACGGCAAAGAUAAGGACGAGGAGACGGACGAGCCAGUGGCGAAGCGUGCGUCGUUGAACAAGCACGUGUACUCCAGCGGGAAGGUGAAAAAUCUGUUUAAUCAGACGGUGCUGCAGGCGAUCAGAUCGAAGUACAUAGACAGGGAGCCCACGCCGCAGGCUUCGAUCAUUUUCGAUCCGGAGAACACGAAUCCCGUGUACAUAAACACGGGCGUACAGACGGAGUUGGUGGAGGACAGAGGCAAGACCAUGGUGGACAGUGGCUGUCAGACCGAUCCAGUUGUUAUGCUGGACAGUUUCCCGGGCUUGGACAGCUUCGGGCCGCUGCUGAUGGACGCCUACAUGAACGAGAACUUCCACAUGUGCCUGUAUCCGCAGAGGAACCCGUUGCUGAACGGCAACGUCAACUUCAGGAACAAUCCCAAGUUCAAGUUUCUUAGGGACCUCAAGACUGCACUGGUCAUGGAUAACAAAGGCAACUUGCCCAUACACAACGCGGUGCUGGACAACAACCUGGACAACGUGAAGCGGUUCGCCGUCGUCCUGCAGGCGGCCGGCAAGGACGUCAACGAAGUCAACCAGGAUAAUUAUAGCCCCCUUCAAUUGGCCGUGUUCUCCGAGGCGAGCACGAAAAUCGUCACCUAUCUGCUGUGCAACGGCGCCAACUUCUACCAGACCGACCAGGAGGGCAACAGCGUCCUCCACCUCGCUGUCCAGUAUGUGAACGAGGCCGCACUGGAGGUGCUGUGUGAGCACGCCGAUAAAAACAACUUGGAUGUCGACCUCUUCAAUUACGAAGGUUUCACGCCUCUGAUGCUGAGCUGCAUAAACAAGAACCUAAAAUGCGCCGAGAUACUGUUGCGACACAAGGCGGGACCGAACACGCAGGACAAGAAGUCGGGUCGCACCUCCUUGUUCCACGCGGCCGAGAACCACCACCUUGAGAUGGUGUCCCUGCUGCUGGACUGGGACGCCGACACCAAGAUCCGCAACUUCUUCGGCACCAGCACCCACGACGCCAUGUUCGAGAUGGAGGACAUACCCCGGGACAUACGCCAGCUGAUCUGGGCCAAGAAACGGAAACACGACCGGGCCGACAACAGCAAGAAGUCGGCCGACGUGGACGCCGCGCCCCGACCCAAGCAGUUCAAGUUCGUGAAGACGUACCAGAGGGUGGGGAAGCAGUUGGUCAAGCAGAACGAUCCCUAGUAGACGCACCGGCGGGUGCUACGAUUACAACUGCGUUGGGGCGCUUGUCCACCCUGAUCGAGUGGAUUGGAAACGGAACGAAGGGCGAAAUGGUCCGACAAAGAGAUGACACGAUUUUGGAAAUGAUUUAGAUACAUGAUCUUGUGAGUCAGUCCUAUUUCAUGUUCCUUUGAGGGUGCUUGGAAUGCGACUGGGUCUGUUGUACAUUUGAUGGUUGUAUUUAAUUCAUUUUUGUGUCGGAACGAAUGAUUUUCAUAAUUUAUGAAAGAAUGCAUAAGAUUUACUUUUAUUAUUUUAUUGUAUAUUUUGCAGCUACAUCCUGUAAAUAUUUUUUGAUUAAAAAUUAUAUAUAUAUUUAGGUUACAGUCUAUGUAAAUAAUGGAAUCUCUUUUUAUCUUAGUCACAUCAUGUUGUAUAUAAAUUCGAGUUCUUAAUGAGACAAUUAUAUGAAUAAUUAUUAUAUUAUUAAUUAGGUUUACUUUAACAACAUAAACAUUAAUUAAUAAAUAAACGAUUAAUCAUAAAAUCCUAGUCCAUUAAAAAUGAAAUAAUUUAGUCAUGUACUGCACAUUAUGGGAACAGAUUAAUUAAAUCACUUUAAGGGGGGAAAUGAGUCAUAAUUAAUAAUGACAAUCGGUAAAGCGAGUAAUGUUCAUAGUAUUAUUUUUCCUGGCGAACCACACAACUAAAGUUCAUUGGGAAUUACCUAAAUUCACAUUUCAAUUCAUCAUCAUGACUGCAGUACUUGAUUAAAUGUUUCCAUAGAAAAACAAGCACAUUUCAUCAUCUAGAAUUAUUCAUAAAACUGGAAUUUAUGUCAUAAAUUGAUAUUUUUUUAUUAUGUAUUUAAUUGAUUUUUGAACAGAAUAUAUUUAUAUUAACUUUUUUUUUUAAUUAAAUCUAUUUUUAAUUAAUAUCAUGUACAUAUUCAUCAGUUUGUAGGAUGACAAUUAAUAUUUACAUAAUCACUAAGUUAUUAUUUACAGUUCUUAAUUUUUUUGGUUUUGAACUCGUAGAUCUUAGCUUGUAUUGCUUAGUUAACUAAAAUACGGAGUAUCAAAUGUUAUUUUUUAAAUUAAAAUAACUUUUUAUUAUUUAUGAUGUUCAGGUUUGUUGUAAAUAUAUAUAGAAUUAAAUGAAACCUUACUUUGGAUUA